GCCCGCGUGGUGGGAGUUAAAACCGCGUGAGGGGCCCCACCCGUGGAUAUCACCAAGCGUUAUGAUCGUCACUCGUCAAUAUACUCUAUAAAUUGUGUUAUCAACGAUCAUUCUACGCAAUUGUCACUGUGAUACUGACUUCUGAGUGUGUACAUUAGUUAUUUACAAAUUAUGGCCAGUUCGAUCAGUACAACUGGUAAUGGUUAUAAUUUCAAAGUAGUGUUGCUCGGUGAAGGAUGUGUCGGGAAAACAUCGGUUGCAUUGCGAUACGUUGAAAACAGAUUCAAUGAUAAACACCUAAGUACAUUGCAGGCUUCUUUUCUAAACAAAAAAUUAACAGUAAAUGGGAAGAAAGUGAACCUGGCAAUAUGGGAUACAGCUGGUCAAGAGAAAUUUCAUGCAUUGGGACCAAUAUAUUACAGGAUGUCGAACGGCGCCGUUAUAGUUUACGAUGUCACAGAUUAUGAUACAUUCUUAAGGGUAAUAAAUUGGGUUACAGAACUUAGGAAAAUGUUAGGCAGUGAAAUCUGUUUAGCAAUAGCUGGGAAUAAAAUAGAUCUCGACAAGGACAGACGUGUUUACAUCGAGGAAGCUGAAGAGUUCGCGAACAAAGCUGGCGCAAUGCACUUUCACAUUUCUGCCAAAUUAGAUGAGAACAUCGAGGAAAUGUUUCUUCAAUUAACGUUGCGUAUGAUAGAACACGCAGACCUGAUGGAACAAAAGUCCACAUUAGCCAGAACGAAAAGUACUGUACGUCGCAAUGUUGUUGUAGUUGAAGAUGAGACUGAGGAAGCAGAACAAGUAAAGAGUUCCUGUUGCAGCGGUUCUUCUCAUGCAUCUUAAUUCCAGACAUCUGUUUCAUGAUCGAUUCUAAUUCUUGAAUCAAUCUUAUAUAUAAAUGUAUAUAUAUAUGUAUAUGU